UUUAGUGUUAUACAAAAAUCUAUCUAAAUAUUUUAUUUAUAUUUUGCCUGUCCAACAAUCAACACAAAAAUAGCAAAUAGUCUAGUGAAUUAUAAAUCUUAAAAUAAUAUAAUAAUGGAUAAAAAACAUAAGAAAGAAUUGGAAAAAUCACUGCAAAAAUGUUUGCGUCCCCAGGAGAAACCAUAUAAAUUAGAACAUGCAGUUAAUGUUGUUCUCAAGGUUUACGAUCUACAAAGCUGUGAAACCAUCUGGACAUUUCCAGCAGUACGAAACCUUCAAUUGAAUAGUUUUACAACAUGGAAAUUUUGCUGUUUAAUGCAUAAAAUAUUACAUGAAGGACAUCCGAAUGCUUUAAGAGAUUCAAUGAAAUAUGGCAAAACGUUAGUACACUGUGCCCAAUAUUGGGCUGGACUGAAUGAUCACAUGAGCUCAUGCAUUGCAUGGUAUUGUAAAGUUUUGCACAAAAAACUUUUAUUUCAUCAAACUUAUGUAAACUUUAAAGGCAAUUUGCAGUUGGAUUAUGAUGAACCCCUAGGGGAUAUCAAUAUUUGUUUUCAACUUUGUAUAGAUUUGUUCGAUUACCUAGAGGAUUUACUACAUUUGCAGCAUGUCAUAUUUACCAACAUAGAGCAACGUCAAAUCUCAGCUGCCUCUAAACAAGGCAUGUGCCGUUUGGCAUCUCUUGUCACCAUAAUUGCCGAAUGUAAUUUACUAUAUCAGCAUUCUAUUACUGUUUUACGUUUACUGCAUUUACAAUUAUCCCCAGAUGAUAUUUCCGGCUUGCGCGAUCGUUUCAAUGGGAUCUUUGUAGAAUUGAAAUUGUUUUAUGAGCAUGUGCGCUGUCAGCAAUGGCCAUACGAUUAUUUUUUGGCAAUACCAGAAUUGCCAAUGAUGCAACCGAAUUUGUAUACAUUUUCAGAAAAUCAACAAGAACCAAGUGCACCAAUGAUAAAUGAUUUGGUAUAACAACUAUAUUUAAGAUAAGCUAUUUUAGUUAUAAAUUUAGUAUAAGAUGAUCAAUGCAUUUGUUGUAAUGUUGUGUAGUCACAUUUAAGUUUGGAUAAGAAAGUUGUGAU